AUGCACGAAAACAACAAAAAGAAUUCUUUAAAAAAGGGAUGGAUAGAAGACAUUAGAGGAAAAUAUUCUAGUUUCAUGAGUUCAGGAAAUAAAAGUACAACUUAUUUAAAUUCAUUAAAUAAUGAAUCAAAUAAAGAUGUUAACGAUAAUUUAAAUAAUAUAAAAGAAGAAAAAAAAAAGAAUAUAAAAGUUACAAAUAGUAUGAAAGAGGAAAAAAAUGAAAUCAAUAAAAAAAAAAAAGAUAAAAAGAAAAAUAGUUCUUUAGUUGACGAUAUUGAUUUACAUGAAAAAAAAAAAGUAUGCUUUGAAAUUUAUAAAAAAUAUUAUUUUAUAGAAAUGACUGAAUAUCACAAAAGUAGAGAAAAUUGCACCAACAAUUUUUUAAAUUUUCUUGAAAGAAUAUUCGAAAAAAUGUUAGAAGUUUUGAAACAUGGUUCAGAAAAUAUUAAUAAUUUAAAUAAAUUUUUUAAAGAAUUUUUAAAAAAUGAUAUAGCAUAUUUCAAAAAUGUUUCAUAUGGAAAUUCUAGAAUAAGUAAUUUAACUCAUAGUUUUUUAAAUAUUUCUAAUGAAAAUAAUUUAAGUAACCAACAUAUUGAUAUAGAUAAAAAAGAUGAACCAAAAAUGAAUGACAAAAGAGAUUAUAUAAUGGAAGAUGGAAUUAAUGAUGAUAAUACCUUUAGUUGUGCUUCAAAAGAGAUAAAUUGUGAUAUGAAUAAUAGAGAAAGAAGAGAUUCAUUUUUAAAAUAUGAUAAUAUAUGUACCAAUUCUAAUGAGAAGAAAAAUAUUAAUAAAAGAGAUAGUAAUAAUAAUAUGAAGUACAUUGAUAAUGAUAUAAAUGAGCAAAAUCCUCAUUUUUUAAAUCAAAAUAGUUCAAGAAAUUCAGUAAAUAAAAUAAAUGAAAUUGUUGAUAAUAUUAUUGAUGUAAAUUCAGAGAAAUCUAAUUUAAAUCAUAAUGUAAUUGAUGAAUGGAUUAAUUAUGGAUUUAUGAAUUAUAUUAAAAUUAUGAGAAGUAUGAAAAUAAGUUGUGAUUUAAUAGAUAAUAAAAUAUAUCAGAAAAAAUUAGUUUUAUUAAAAGAGACUUACAUGAAAGAACAAGAAAAUUUAAUAGAAUUAUUUAAAAAAAAAAAGAAUGAUUUUUUAAAACAAUUAGAUAUUUGUAAGAAUUGUUGGAAAUAUUUUGAAAAUAGUUAUUCAAAUUCAGAAAAAAUUAGAUCUAAUGGAAUAAAGGAUUCUAAAAAGAUAAAAUGUUCAUGGUUAUGUCAGAGAAAGUAUUUAAAAAAUGUAAAAGAUUUGUUAGUAAUACAAAAUGAAUAUUUAGAAAUAAUUUAUAAAUGUGUGAAAACUUUUUUUCAAUUAAUAGAAUGGAAAAAAAAUACAGUUCGUGAUAUUUUAGGGUCUUAUAUACUUUUAUAUAAAAGUUUUAUGAGUUUUUAUCUAAAUAAUAUGAAUAUUUUGUAUGAAUCAAUAUUGCAAGAAAAAAAUAUUGAAAAAUCACAAAUUGAUAAUUUAAAUUCAGCAACGAUGAUGGAAGAUGAUAUAAUAAAACCAGUUAGCGAAUUUUAUUUUGACGAAAACUGUGAUUCAAUACCAAUAUUAAAUAAUGCUCUAAAUCUUAUUAAAAAAUCAGUGAUAUUUUUUAACAAUCAAAUAAAUGUGAAAUCAAUACUAUGUUUAUUUAGUUCUAACAUUAAGGGUUAUCUAACAAGUGUAGGUAUUUUUAAUAAGUAUGUUGAAGGAGUAAUCGUAAUAAGUUGGGAUAAAUUUAUUCAUUUUUUUACAAAUGUUGAAGAUACAUCACCACAAUGGUCUUAUUAUAUAGGUGAUAUUGAAUUUAAAAUGGUCAAAAGUAAAAAGUAUCAGAAGAAAGGAUCUAAAGAUAAAAAUAAAAAAGAUAUUGAUGCUAAUGACAAUAAAAGUUAUACAAAUAAUAGUAUAAAAAGUAAUAAUGAAGAAUCAAAAAAUGAAGAUAAUAAUAAACAUAUUUCAUCAAAAAAUGAUGAAGAUGAUGUAAGAGUAAAAAAUUUGAAAAAUGAGUUUUCUGCUAAUUUUUCUACGAACUGUUCCACUACUAAUGAAAAUGAAGAUAUGGAAAUUCAAAUGAAAGAAAAAAGAAAAACUUUAUUGAUUAAUGGUUGGUCCUUUACAUUUAAGUGCUCAACAGAGCACUUAACGAACGUAUGUUUUGAAUUGUUAAGAAAUCAUUUAUAUUCUGAAUACUUUAAAGAUGAAACUUCUUUUUCUCACUUUACAAAUAUUAUUUCAAAUGGGGAAGUUAAAAAUGAUUUGUUAUGUGACGAUGAAAUUGCAAAUUUUUAUAAUGUUAAUUUAGAAAAAACACAAUCCGAUACCCAAGGUAUAUUCAAAUACAAGUCAUGCUUCGAGAAAAGUAUAUAUAUGAAUUAUGAAAAGGAGGAUAAACGCUUAUCAUAUGCAGAUGAUGAUAACAAUUUAAAAGAUGAUAUAAUAAAUUUAGAAAAAAAAAGUUUACGAGAAGGAAAUCAUUCUAAUAAUUACGAUAAUAAAAGAAAAAUGAUUUUAAUAAAAGAUGAAAAAAAACAUAAAGAAGAACUUGAAAAAAGAGGUGACGAUGAUGACAACGAAGAUGAAGAAGAAGAAGACGAAGAAGAAGAAGAAGAAGAAGAAGAAGAAGAAGAAGAAGAAGAAGAAGAAGAAGAAGAAGAAGAAGAAGAAGAAGAAGAAGAAGAAGAAGAAGAGGAAAACGAAGAUGAAGAUGAAACAAAUAAAUAUAAUGAAAAAAAAUAA